CACACACACACACACAUCGUAUUAUUGUUUGCUCUAAUUAAAAGUAGAGCAUUUAGAAUAACAACCAUUACAUCACCAACUAUGGAUUUCGUAACAAAGAUCAAGGACGCAGUCGUCCCCGACGCCAACACUAUCCCACAGACCCAGUCCGCGGAGCCAGAGAAUGAAAUCCCAGGCGCAUUCCCCGACGCCGACGACGAGACGCUUGGUCGCCAGCUGGAAGGCGACAACACCGACACCACAGAGACAACGCAGGGCCACACGGACCAAGACUCAGCCGUGGAUGUCGACGAGAGGUCUCCAUUGAAGGGCCGCGACACAGCUCUGCCUGACAGUGCACCUGUCGCGCCAGCUUCAGGCGCGGUGGGAGACGUCAACACGAGCAGCGACUCCGGUUCCCACUUCAAUGUCGGGACUGGGAGCAGUGCUGAUGGUAUGACCUCGAUUGAGGAAGUCAAGCCACACCACCUAGGCAACGAAGGCAAGGUCCUGGGUGCUACAGGUUCUUCAGAGGUUGGAACUGGCAGCGGGAGCAGCGGUGCCCUGGCUCCAGCGAGGGACACCAGGUCGCAAGACCCGAGCGAAGAAUAUGGCAACAGCGCUCCCGCCGCGGCAGUCGAGCCGACCAGCUCUGCGCAUGAGGGCGGCUCCUCAGCAGCCGGCCUUGGUGAUUCCGCCCUGGAAAGCGCUCGGCCCCAGGCGCAGCAGGAGGACAACACUGGCUUUGCAGCAGGCACGGGUGGCGGCACACACGAAAGGGUCCUCGAGGCUGCUUCCGACCUGAACAGAGGCGCACCUCAGCCACCAAGAGACGCAGAGCCUGAGGCGGCGGCGGCGCUGGCAGAAACAGCAGCAAGGUUCAGCGGCGGCAUUCACAAUGGCGUUUCGGGGGCUGGGUCUGACGACCCGCUCGGUGAGCGGAGUGGCAGCCCACACGAGCGCUCGACGCAGUACCGGAAGGGUGAUGUACAAAAUGUGAUUUCUGGUGUCAGCCAGUCUGGUCUGGGCCAGGGUGGUAUUCAUAAUGGCGUCGUGGGCCUUGGGUCGCAGGAAGAAGAGGCCAUUCGUCGGCAUAGUCUGGAUAAUCAGGGGCAGAAGGAGGAAGGGGAGGCACAAUUAUAAGGGGUCACGUUAAGGCCAGAGUUGAGUGAAGUAUUGAUGACGAUUUUCUUUGAAACAUAUUUCUGCUAGUAGCAUAGCGAUUGAUACAUAGUUCAAGGACAAGGAUCAUAUUCCCAUUACC